CAACUCAUUUUCCUCAAGCCAUCAAAAAACAAAACACUCAUCUCAAACAAACAAACAAAAACCCCAUUAAGUCAUGGCUUCAAUGCAGUGCUACAAAGAAGAAGGCAAAGAGUUCGAUUACUAUAGUUACGGAAAUCAAAAACCUUCUUAUUCGAGCUCUGGAUAUGAACAAUCUUACUAUGAGAAAGAAAAGUGUUACGAAACCAAACCUGGAAUGAUGGGCUACGGCUCUAGCCAUGGCCAUCAACAUGGUAGCAACCCAUGUGGGCCGAUGAUGGGCCAUAACUCGGGCUAUGGUACGGGCCAUAACGGUACUUCUCAUGGGAUGGGCUAUGGAAUGGGCUACGGUACGGGCCACAACAGUAAUUCUCAUGGAAUGGGCUGUGGUACGGGCCACAACAAUACUCAUGGGAUGGGCUACACGGGCCACAACAUGCACAAACCCAAGCCCGGUAUGGGCUUGGGCCUCGGAACGGGCACAGCUUUGGGCCAUGUUAUGGGCUUUGGAAAGAAACAUGACGGACAUAGUAGCUAUGCAAUGGGCUCUUCGGGCUGCACCACUUACAAGAAACAACACCGUAAGAGAAACGGUUACGGCAGUGGCAGCGAUUGCAGCGACAGCAGCGAUGACGAGCGUCAUUGCUAAAUUAAUUACUACAGGGUUUCAUGUGUAGCAGCCUGGCUUAUGGGAGAGAUUGAAUUACAUGUCCCAGUACUAUAAGGGAGUAUUUAUGAUAAUAAAAAAUAAGAAGCAAAUCAGCUAUGGCUACUAGCUAUAUAUUGACUAUGUGAAGUUAAUUAUGAAAUCUUAAGUUGUGUGUUUGUGUGUUGGUACUUUAAGUACCAAUUUAAUGUAACUGCUUAUUACCUUUGGCAAUAAAACUAUGUUGUUAUUUGUGUCGAUUAUACAUAA